AAUAUUUUACCUAUAUUCUAAAAUGGCAGCCUCCAUCCGAAAUCCCGUCGUCGUGGUUUUAGGCGCUACUGGAACAGGAAAGACUAAACUUUCGUUGGAACUAGGGAAACUUUUCAAUGGAGAAAUUAUCAGUGCAGAUGCUAUGCAGCUAUACAAGGGACUUGACAUAAUCACAAAUAAGGCAACCAAGGAGGAAAUGACAAUUUGCAAGCACCACAUGAUAGAUUACAUCUCACCUCUGAAAGAGAACAGCACAGUCCAUGAAUAUCGAAAUGCUGCUGUUCCCAUUAUAGAUUCCAUCCUUGCUGCAAGUAAGACGCCGAUAAUAGUGGGUGGUUCCAACUACUAUAUUGAGAGCCUCCUGUGGAAAGGUCUCAUUGACAACCAGGAUUUGGCAAGAGUGGCUGCAACCCAGGACCAGACACACAGACAAACAGACAACAAAUGUGAAACAGACUUAGUGAGAGGGAAGGCGGAUGGUACCUCAAGCUCCUCAAGCUCCAAACAGGCACAAAACAGCUCCUCAGACAGUGAAAGUGACUUGGACCUGGAAGAUGAGGCAUUAUUUACUGCGGAGAAUCGGGCCAAAUAUGAGCAGCAGACUGGCCCUCAGCUCCAUCAGCGGCUGGCUGACGUUGACCCAAACAUGGCUGCCAGGUUCCAUCCAAAUGACAAGAGGAAAAUCAUAAGAGCAUUGGAGGUGUUUGACCACUUUGGAGUUAAGAUGUCAACCAUGUAUGAGCGCCAGCACGCCUCGUUGGCAGACAACACGAUGGGUGGGCUGCUCAGAUAUCCAAACACCUGUGUGUUCUGGAUACAAUGUGAAACUGAUGUUUUGGACUGUCGACUGGACGGCCGGGUGGACACAAUGUUGGAGAAGGGCCUGGUGGCUGAACUGACUGACUUCCACAGGCAGUAUAACGAGGACAGGCUCAAUCAGGGAAAGGAAGCGGACUACACUCGAGGGAUAUUCCAGAGUAUCGGCUUCAAAGAGUUCCACAACUACCUCCUAAUGGACGACCAGCAGAGGGCCACGCCUCAGGGACAAAAUGCAUUCUUGGAAGGAGUGAACAAGUUAAAACUGGUAACCAGACAGUACGCCAGGAAACAAAAGAGGUGGAUUGAGACACGCCUGCUCAAACGCCCAUGCAGUGAGAACGUGCCUCGUGUGUAUGGCCUGGAUGGUACAGAUGUUUUCCAGUGGGAUAAGAACGUGCACACACCUGCUGUAGAGAUACUCACAGCUGUACAGAAGGGAGAGAAUCCCCCAAUCCAGGCCCUUCAACACAGAGAAGUGCAGCGAGAGUUUGCCACCCACUACUGUAGAGUGUGUGAGGUCUAUGCAACCACACCAGAUAUGUGGCAAAUGCACAUGAAGGGUCGUCGUCACAAGAAGAGGGCUCAAUCUCACAGAAAAAGGCUGGCCAGACUUUCACAGACACUUGACAGUUAUGUCAAAAAGGAAGACAGGGAACCAGAAAUAACCAACAGUGACACCUGAUUGGUUCCCAUUCUGACGGCAGUUGAAACUCUAGAAUAGUUUGUGAAGACUUUGGAUUCCAAUCCACGUUGCAGAAGACAACAGUGGCCUGUUGAAGAACAUUUCAUCAUAACAGUACUCUGAUGGCCCUCACUAGUUGGAAGCCAAGAACAGUUUUUGCUAUAAAGGAGGCAACACCGGUACUGAGUAUGACUCAAAUGGUAGCUUUAAGAAAGCCGGUUAUCAAAAGUAUUCCAUUUUAUUUGCGCUAUGUUAUAAAGUCAUCAGGAAUUCAACACGAGUGAACAAAGUGUUUUUAUUUUCUGUUUAUUUUAUUGCCACAAUAAAUAAAUGAUCUGUCAUGGAAAUACAAAAACAUGAUGAGAGGGAAAGAGGAUAAGCACUGUUAGAACUUAACACAAAGGCUGUGAUAGAUUUAUGUGAUACAUUGUACUGGAAAUAAAAUGUGCAUCAAA